CGUUUGCCGGACGACCAGCAGCGUUGUUUGUUUACACCCGUCCGCGUUACCAAUCGAUAGUGCGAUUUGCAUCGUGUUUUUUCACCAAGUUUUUCUCAAAAUUCUACCCCGGAAAAGUGAAAUUUUCACGCACUUCACCACCUGCACACCGACGGCAACAUGCUGGAUGGGUGGUACUGUCGUUCGAUGAACGAACAAGCCCUCCAACAACAGCAGCAGCAGCUGCAGCAACAACAUCCCCACCCGUCCCAUCAGAUGCACCAGCGAAGAAGCUCGCUGGACGGGGGAGAUGAUUUGGGCGACCGCGAUGGAGGCGAUAGCUCCGGCCAGGAAGAGGACAGCGACGAGGACAUUAUCCCGACCAGGCGCAACGUCGACUACAAGACACAGUACAACACACUCAAAAAGAAGCUGAAGUAUCUGCUCUAUGAGAACGAAUUCUUUCAGGAAAACUUGAGGACCAGUCAGCGACGGCUGCUGAAGGUGACCCGGGACCGGUCGUUCCUGCUGGACCGGCUGCUGCAGUACGAAAAAACCGAUCUCACCUCGUCGGAAAGCGAGGACACCGAAUCGUCGGAUGAUUCCUCCAAAAUGGAACCAACGCCAACGGUGGGCCGGAAGCGUAAGAACGACGCCUCCACGUCGAACAAUGCCUCUUCGCUUCCGAAGAAUCCUCCGAAGCGAAGGAAACCCGGUCCAAAGAAGCAAAUCCCCCAGCACAUGGUGCUCCAACAGCAAGCGAUACUGCAGCAGCAGCGACAACACCAGGCGCAGAUUAUGGCCCAGCUGCAGGCCCAAUCGCAGCAGUUCCACCAACAGCACCAGCUCGUCAACAAUCAUCAUCACCAACAGCAGCAGCAACAACAACAACAGCAACACCAGGAAGGCCAUCUAACCACGGAGGAAGUCGAGCGACACCUGCAGUCCCGGGCUCAGUCCAUGCUGGAGGUGGUUCCCGAGGGAGAACUGCCGAACGAGAUGUUCAGCCAGAAUCCGUCGAGUGAGUCCAACGACCAGAUGGUGGACACUUCACCGAGCAACAUCGGGGAGGAGUGCCUCUCGGCGGAUUUGAACAUGAUGCAGCAGGAAUGACCGACGGCAGUGGCUGCGGCGGCGGUGACGACUGAAGGGAGCGAAAUCGACGACGAGCCCGGCGGCGGCGGGCAUCGUCUGCGGACGUAGGAUUAGUUAAACAUACAUGAUUACGGUAGGAUGAGUAGUGUGACAUAAAUAGUAUUUAAUGCUGAAA